AGCCCCAAAGCUCCCUUUCUGGGCGCCUCGGCCGCGACCGUUGAGUUCCGAGCGGCGGCGGCGGCUCGUGGCUCGUGGCGCCGGCGUGAUGGCUGAGCCCCCCGGGUUUCUCACUGCUCAGGAUGUGGGGUCAUUUGCAUAUCUUACGAUCAAGGACAGAACACCACAGAUCUUAACCAAGGCCAUUGAUACAUUGCAUCGCCAUAAAAGUGAAUUUUUUGAAAAACAUGGAGAGGAAGGCGUUGAAGCUGAAAAGAAAGCCAUCUCUCUUCUUUCUAAGUUGCGGAACGAGAUGCAGACAGAUAAGCCCAUCAUUCCCCUGGUUGAUAAAGGCGACGACGCUGACAUCUGGAAUCAGUACCUGGAGUAUCAACGCAGUCUGCUGACUGACAGCGGCGAGGCGCCGCGCUGGUUCUUCUCACCCUGGCUGUUUGUGGAGUGCUACAUGUACCGGAGGAUCCAUGAAGCCCUCAUCCAGAGCCCACCAAUCCAUGACUUUGAUGUAUUUCAAGAAAGCAAAAACGCGAACUUCUUCGAGUCCCAGGAGUCCAUCGAUGCUCUGUGUGAGUACUUGCAGCAGUUGAAGUCAGCCAAGGACCUUGGUGAGAACCAUCUGAAGGACGAGUUCCUUAAACUUCUGCAGGAGACAGCCGAUCAUCCCCCAGAAGUCCGAGCUACCCAGGAACAGCUGAACCACUACCGGAAUGUGGCAGAAAAUGUCCAAAGUGAACUUGCAGCAACUUUGGUCAAAUUUGAAUGCGCUCAGUCUGAGCUUCGAGAACUCCGCUCUAAGGUGCUUUCUAAAGAAGUCUGCUGUCAGGAGCUGAAGGCCGAGAUGGAGAGCUAUAAAGAAAAUAGUGCCAGAAAGUCGUCUCUCCUCACCUCUCUGAGGGGCAGAGUACAAGAGCUGCAAGAAGAAUCAGCAACAUUUUCUGCUUUUAAGAUCAGAGCAGAGAGCUCUGUGCACGCCAUGAGGAAGGAGAACCAGGAACUCAUGAAGAAAGUUCUAGAACUGGAGGAGAAAUUACAAAACUGUUCAAAGGAAAAUGAGGAGUCUAAGAAACAAGGCUUGGAGAAUCUCCGGAAACACGAGAAAAUUUGGACUCAGCUUUGUGAUUCCUUGAGUCUAGACGUGAAGCCUGAGGAAACAUCGGAUAAAGAUUUGAUUUUAAAGCUUAGAGAGCUGUGCGAGGAAAACACGUCUUUGAAAGCACAAGUCAUUACUCUUGAAGAGACAAUAAAUGUCCAUGAGAUGGAGGCAAAAGCUAACAGAGAAACCAUCGUGAGGCUGGCGGCCGAAGUCAGCAGAGAGCAGGAAAGAGCUGCCUCCUUGGCCAAGGAGAGAGACCAGCUGAAUCAGGACGUGCUCAGCGCUGUGGAGGAGAGAACAACACUAGAAAGAAAAGCUAAGCUCUUCCAAGAACGGCUGCUUGCCGUGCAGCGGGCCUGGGAUGCUUCAAAGCAGGAGCUCAACCAGCUGAGGAAGAGCUGCCAGCAGCUGGACCUGAGCGUGAGGGCCAGCAGGGAUGCCGCCGCAGCCUCGCAGAGCCAGAGCUCCUGCUUCCGGGAGAAACUCGCAGCGCUUCUUAGCAGCAGAUUCGACAUACCCGAGCCCACAGAGGAUGCCUUAUUGGAGAGGGUUCGUGAGCUAGGCAUCCAGGAAGAGAGCCAGAAAAGGAUGGUCUCCCAGCUUGAAGUCCGGGUCUCAGAGCUUGUUGAGCAGUCGGGAAAAGAAUCCGAGUUUCACCAGAAAGCCCGACAGAGGGCUCACGAGGCGGAAGAGAAGCUGGAGACCCUUCAGCAUCAGCUGAGUCACCUGGAGGGAGAGCUGCUCUCUGGAGACAUCUCAAGAGACAACUUGAGUCUUGAGAAGCAAAAAUAUCUGAAGUUUCUGGACCAGCUUUCAGAGAAAAUGAAAUUGGGCCACAUGGUUGCUGAACUUGGCUUUGACAUGCGUCUGGAUGUACUUUUAGCUCGAAUAGAGCAGUUGGUCCGCCUCGAAUCCAGUGCUGUCAUUGAAAACAAGACCAUUGCUCGCAACUUACAGAGAAAGCUAAAGACUCAGAAAGAAAGACUGGAGAGCAAAGAAGUACAUAUGAACCUCCUUCGGCAGAAAAUUGCCCAGCUGCAGCAGGAGAAACAGGCACGCUCAGCCUUGGCAGUGGAAAAGGAUGAAGCCCAUCUCGCCGUCAGGAAGCUGGAAAAGAAAGUGGAGAGGAUGCAGAAGGAGCUGAGUGCUUGUCGGGAGCACAACACUGAGCUCAAAGCCAAACUGGCCGACACCAGUGACCUCAAGAUUAAAACUUUGGAGCAGACCAAAGCCAUUGAAGACUUAAACAAAUCCCGAGACGAGUUGGAGAAAAUGAAGGAGCAAGCGGAGAAAAAGCUUAUGUCGGUCAAGUCAGAGCUGGAUAGUACUGAGGAGGAGGCUAAGGCGUACAAGGAAAGGGCCAGGGCCAUGAUCGAGGUGGCAGUCUUCGAACUGAAUACCAUGAGGAAAUCUCUGGACGAAGCAGAGCGGAGGGAACAGCAGCUGGUGGACUUCCGGGAGGCAGUUUCCAGUUUGCUGGGCUUGAACACGACCUCUCUCGUGAUUCCUGACUGUGACAUCAUCAGAUGUCUAGAAAGACUGAUCCACCACCAUCACUUUGUUCCCUGUGCCUGCCUCACAGAUGAUAGAAGGCCCCGGAGGGGACAAGAGGGCCAACAGAGUCAACCCAACUAGACCUGUGGGGCCUUCCAGAGAUGGAAGCACAAACCAAGGACCAUAAAUGGACUGGACCUAGGCCCCCUACGCAUAUGUGACUGAUGGGCAGCUUGAUCUUCAUGUGGGUUCCCUAGUAAGUUGAGCGGGUGCUGUCUAUGACUUGGACUCUGUUGUCUGCUUUUCAAUCACUUCCUUCUAAUGGGGCUGCCUUGCCUGGCCUCAGUGGGUGAGGAUGAGCUCAGUCCUGAUGUGACUUGAUGUGCUGGGGUGGGUUGGGGGGCUUCCCUUUUUCUGAGAAGGAGGAGGGGGUAAUAGAA